AUAUAUAUAUUACACAAAUCAGCAACUCUCUCAAAACCCAUCAAAGCCCACCAAUCUCAUCUCCUCUGCUCUCUCCAUAUCUUUUUUAUUCUUCCUUCUCUCUCACUUAGCAGAAAGAAGAAGAAGGAGAAGAAACAACAACACCAAAAUGCUCAAACAGUUCCUUCUUCUCCAAUCCUUCUCCUUGUUCCUCUUCAAUGUUGUUAUCGUCGGAGGACGUGUAAUCGGCGGCGGUUUCUCGGCGGAGGAGAAUCCAUUCACACCGAAAGCAUCUUUAGUUCGUUACUGGAACAAAGAGAUCCGUAACGUAUCUCCCAGAUCGGAGUUUUUAAUCUCCAAAGCCUCGCCACUCAACGCCGUGGACUCAGCCACUUUCUCCAAACUCGCCGCCACCAACUCGCUCCCGACUCGUUUUCCCGAUUUCUGCUCCGCCGCCAAUCUCUUCUGUUUCCCUGACUUAGGAGCGAGUCUCGAGAAACACGAAGACGACGUCAAGUUCUCCACUUACGACCAGAAGAACUUCACUAACUACGGCAGCGGUCGCGCCGGAGGAGCCGACUCGUUCAAAAACUACUCCAAAGACGCCAAUGUCGUGACCGAUUCGUUCCGGAGAUACAGCCGUAACGCGGCGGGACACGACGAUAAGUUCACCGUCUACGGAGAAAGCAGCAACGUCGUCGAGGAAGGAUUCAACUCAUACGGAACAUUCGGAACCGGCGGCGCCGGAGAGUUCACUAACUACCAAAACAACGUGAACAACCCGACGAGUCGAUUCACGGCGUAUUCAGACGGAGGAAACGGUCGAAGUCAAUCAUUCAAAACCUACACGCACGACGCUAACGCCGGCGAAGGCCAAUCCUUCACGAGCUACGGCAAAAACGGAAACGGGCUCCCGAACAAGUUCGCUUCUUACGGCGCCUCCUCCAACGUAAUCGGCUCCGGAUUCUCAAACUACGGCGAGAGCGGAAACGCCGCCAACGACACCUUCACCAGCUACGGAACCGACGGGAAUGUGCCGCAGAACAAUUUCAAAAACUACGGCGCUUCCGGUAACUCCGCCGUGGACACAUUCGCGAAUUACAGAGAUAAGGCCAACGUCGGCGACGAUUCCUUCUCUUCCUACGCCAAAGAUUCGAAUUCCGAGAAGGUCAAUUUCGUAAAUUACGGUCAAUCAUUCAAUCCCGGUUCGGAGACUUUCACCGGUUAUGGCAAAGGAGCUGAAAACCACAAAAUCAGUUUCAAAACCUAUACUCCCAACUCCACCUUCAAGGACUACAACAAAAACGGCGUCGCUUUCGCCAAAUACAACGCUUCUUCUGCAACAAACUCCGUCGGCGAUGGCAAAACCGUGAAUAAGUGGAUCGAACCGGGCAAAUUCUUCAGGGAAGCGUCGCUUAAAGAAGGCACAGUGAUCCCUAUGCCCGAUAUCAAAGAUAAAAUGCCGAAAAGGUCGUUUUUACCCCGGAGUAUAAUCACGAAACUACCCUUCUCCACUUCCAAACUCGGCGAGAUCAAGAGGAUCUUCCACGCCGGAGAGAACUCGACGAUGGGAGGGAUAAUCACCGACGCGGUGACGGAGUGCGAGAGACCACCGAGCGUCGGAGAGACGAAGCGAUGCGUCGGCUCGGCUGAGGACAUGAUCGACUUCGCGACGUCGGUGCUUGGCCGCAGCGUGGUGCUGAGAACCACAGAGAACGUGGCAGGGUCAAAGCAGAAGGUCGUGAUCGGAAAAGUCAACGGGAUCAACGGCGGGAAGGUGACGAAAGCGGUGUCGUGUCACCAGAGCUUGUACCCGUACCUGAUGUAUUACUGCCACUCCGUGCCUAAGGUUCGGGUGUACGAAGCUGACCUCCUGGAGUUGGAUAGUAAGAAGAAGAUUAACCACGGGAUCGCCAUCUGUCACAUGGACACGUCAUCAUGGGGUGCGAGCCAUGGAGCUUUCUUAGCUCUCGGGUCAAAACCGGGUCGGAUCGAAGUGUGUCACUGGAUAUUUGAGAACGACAUGAACUGGGCUAUCGCUGAUUAGAAGAUUCAUCAUUGGUUCGAUCCACUUUAUCAAAAAAUUAUAUGAUUAUGGGGUUUUUUUUUUACAUAGAGGAAUGUUAAUUUUCUACUUAUUAUAUUUUGGAAGUGUUUUUUUUCUUUUUUUUUCAGUAACAUGUAAAGGACUUGUUACUGAAUAAAUAUGUGGGCGGUACGAAUAAAAAAAAAAAAAGAUUUUUAGUGAA